GCUUCUCGGUAACUAAGGCGAUGAGAGGGACUUUCCGCUUAGGCGAGCGGCCGCCUUAAUGGAGUAGGACGAACCCCUGAGGCGUGCUGACUUCACCUAGGAAACAGUCUGGCAGCACAGGUCUUUCCUGAAGUAUAAACAUUUGGCGGUGAGCUUGGAAAAACGUGUAUUCCGAGGAUCUGUUAAUUUUUAAAGAGCGAAGGACCGCUGUCUUGCCCUGUUCCAAGAUGGCGGCGCAGCCUCUCUGAGUGUCUUGCUUCCGCUCUCUCUCAGGGGUGGGCGCUCUUUAAUUGGUUAUCGGACGGCGCUGUGGCGUGACGCACAAAGGCGCUGACCAAUCGGCUGAGAGCUGAGCUGGACUUGGCGGUGGGAGCCGGAGCCGGGCUCUUGUAGCAGUGGGUGCGCACAGCUGCAGCCGGUGAGCGUUUCCGGGCAGGAAGUUACCAAAGUGUUUCCUGUGUACAUAGUGCUUCAGCUUCCCGCUUUUGCCAGAAGUAACAGACAAUGGCAACAUACUUGGAGUUCAUUCAGCAGAAUGAAGAACGUGAUGGUGUACGUUUCAGUUGGAAUGUGUGGCCUUCCAGCCGCCUCGAGGCUACACGAAUGGUUGUUCCCCUGGCUUGUCUCCUGACUCCUUUAAAAGAACGUCCAGACCUGCCUCCUGUGCAGUAUGAACCUGUGCUUUGCAGCAGGCCAACUUGCAAAGCCAUUCUCAACCCACUUUGUCAGGUUGAUUAUCGAGCAAAACUUUGGGCGUGUAAUUUCUGUUUCCAGAGAAAUCAGUUUCCUCCAGCUUACGCAGGCAUAUCUGAGGUUAAUCAGCCUGCUGAACUGAUGCCCCAGUUUUCUACAAUUGAGUACGUGAUACAGCGAGGUGCCCAGUCCCCUCUGAUCUUCCUCUAUGUGGUGGACACGUGCCUGGAAGAAGAUGACCUGCAGGCCCUCAAGGAGUCCCUGCAGAUGUCCCUGAGUCUCCUUCCCCCGGAUGCUCUGGUGGGUUUGAUCACGUUUGGGAGGAUGGUGCAGGUUCAUGAACUCAGCUGCGAGGGAAUCUCCAAGAGUUACGUCUUCCGGGGGACCAAGGAUUUAACGGCAAAGCAAAUACAGGACAUGCUGGGCCUGACCAAGCCUGCUAUGCCCAUGCAGCCAGCACGACCCGCUCAGCCGCAGGACCAACCUUUCAUUUCAAGCAGAUUCCUGCAGCCCGUUCACAAGAUCGACAUGAACCUCACUGAUCUUCUCGGGGAGCUGCAGAGGGACCCAUGGCCCGUAACCCAGGGGAAGAGACCUUUGCGAUCCACUGGCGUUGCUUUGUCCAUCGCUGUUGGCUUGUUGGAGGGCACUUUUCCAAACACGGGAGCCAGGAUUAUGCUGUUUACCGGGGGUCCUCCAACCCAAGGACCUGGCAUGGUGGUUGGAGAUGAAUUAAAGGUUCCUAUUCGUUCUUGGCAUGAUAUUGAGAAAGAUAACGCGCGUUUCAUGAAAAAGGCAACCAAGCACUACGAGAUGCUUGCUAACCGAACAGCUGCAAAUGGUCACUGCAUUGAUAUUUAUGCUUGUGCCCUUGAUCAGACUGGACUUUUGGAGAUGAAGUGUUGCACAAAUCUUACUGGAGGCCACAUGGUAAUGGGAGAUUCUUUCAACACUUCUCUCUUCAAGCAGACAUUCCAAAGAAUUUUCAGUAAAGAUUUUAAUGGCAAUUUCCGAAUGGCAUUUGGCGCCACUUUGGAAGUAAAGACCUCUCGGGAACUGAAGAUCGCAGGAGCCAUCGGACCUUGUGUGUCUCUGAACAUGAGAGGACCAUGUGUAUCAGAAAAUGAGCUUGGCGUUGGUGGCACGAGUCAGUGGAAGAUCUGUGGCCUGGAUCCCACAUCUACACUUGGCAUCUACUUUGAAGUGGUCAAUCAGCACAACGCCCCAGUCCCGCAGGGAGGGAGAGGCGCCAUCCAGUUUGUCACACACUAUCAACACUCCAGCACCCAGAGGCGCAUCCGCGUGACCACCAUCGCCCGAAAUUGGGCAGAUGCGCAGAGCCAGCUCAAGCACAUAGAGGCUGCAUUUGACCAGGAGGCCGCGGCAGUCCUGAUGGCACGGCUGGGAGUGUUCCGCACAGAGUCGGAGGAGGGCCCAGAUGUGCUCCGGUGGCUGGACCGACAGCUCAUCCGACUGUGUCAGAAGUUUGGACAGUAUAACAAAGAAGACCCCACUUCUUUUAGGUUAUCAGAUUCCUUCUCCCUGUACCCUCAGUUCAUGUUCCAUCUUAGAAGAUCUCCGUUUCUUCAAGUGUUUAACAACAGUCCUGAUGAAUCAUCGUAUUAUCGACACCACUUUGCCCGACAGGAUCUAACCCAGUCCCUCAUCAUGAUCCAGCCCAUUCUCUACUCCUAUUCAUUCCAUGGGCCUCCGGAGCCCGUGCUCCUGGACAGCAGCAGCAUUCUGGCUGAUAGGAUCCUCCUGAUGGAUACGUUCUUCCAAAUUGUCAUUUAUCUCGGUGAGACAAUAGCCCAGUGGCGGAAAGCUGGGUACCAGGACAUGCCCGAAUAUGAAAACUUCAAGCAUCUUCUUCAGGCCCCGCUGGACGAUGCUCAGGAAAUCUUGCAGGCGCGCUUCCCAAUGCCGCGUUACAUCAACACGGAGCAUGGAGGCAGUCAGGCUCGAUUCCUUUUGUCUAAAGUGAAUCCAUCUCAGACACACAAUAACCUGUAUGCUUGGGGACAGGAGACGGGAGCACCCAUCCUUACAGAUGACGUUAGCCUGCAGGUGUUCAUGGACCAUCUGAAGAAACUGGCUGUCUCCAGUGCCUGUUAAACUGAGGAUAUGAGGAGGAAGGGGAAGAAAACACUGUCAUAUUGUGUCCACAGCUGUUUAUAAAGGCUUAACAUUCCUUUUACUUUUCUGGUGGAAUUUAAUAAAUAAUCAAAGCAAGUAUUAUGUAACUCUUUAGGUUAUAAUUUAUUUGUAUUCCUUUAUCUGUGCCCUUGUUCUUACACUGUAAAAUUAUAAGGUCAUAAAUGUUUUGGUACUUGUAGAUGUUUAUAUGUUUUUUGUAUCCUAACUUUUAGAGUCUGUAUAAAAUCAGAGCUAAUGUAUUUUGGCAGCUUGCUUACCUGAAAAUUAAAGUGAUCAGAAAGGAAAUAAACCUGGAAGAAGAAAGCACAGGUUAAAAUAAUGCUAAUACAAAUUUGAUUUCUGAGA